CCACUCAGUUCUAGAUUCACCUCCGUGUGGUGCAGAGCGGAGUGAAGCGUGCCGAGGGACAAACGGAGCAUCACGCAUCCAUAUCAUACAGUGGCAGAAGUACGAAAAGUGACACUGCAUAGUGUGGGUGACUUGAAUACUGCUAAGCGUGACACAGCAAAGGCUGACACUCGUUGGAAGAUAAACAGCGCCGCGGAACUAAGAGUAUGUCCACUGAGCCAGCAACACCACCAGAAGAGAUCACCAUUCCGGAGGAAUGGCACUCACUGCCGAGCGAUCCCAACUACAAAUUUCCCGGCUAUUGCACGUUCAAGUACCGUGGAGCCACAAUGAGCAGCACUCAUCUCCAAUGGGGUGUUAUGCAACAGUUGGAGCAGUUUCGAGGCAGAAGCUCCGAUAUCAUCGUGGCCAGCUUUCCCAAGUCGGGCACCACUUGGCUGCAGGAAAUCGUGUGGCGUGUCACCCACCACCAGUCAAUGGCUGGCGAGAAAGGACCAAAGACUUGCUUGGAGUACCGAUUCCCUCUGCUAGAAAUGCAAUCUCAGGAAAAACUCAUGGAAAUGGCAUCUUGGGCUGACAUGACGGACCAACGAUUCAUCAAGACGCAUCUGCACUAUCAUAUGCUACCAGAAAGCGUUAAGACGAGUGAAGCCAAAGUGCUCUACGUGCAUCGUGAUGUGAGAGAUGUUUGCGUUUCCUUCUACCAUUUCUCGAGAAUGAUCAAUGUUCACAAGUACCGUGGCACCUUCGCAGACUUUCGUGACAGUUUCAUGCGGGACGCUCUUAUGUUCUGCCCAUACCGUGAGCACGUGAAGGGCUACCUGGAGCACUCGGACACUGUGCUCUGUCUCACGUACGAGCAGAUGCACCAGGAUCGCGGCUCGGUCGUCCGCAAGGUGGCCGACUUCCUGGGCGUCUCCCUGAGCGACGCCGACGUCGACGAUAUCGUGAAGAACACCAGCUUCGAAGUGAUGAAGGCGAAUCCGGACACCAACUUCCGCCAGUGGGAGGACAGCGGCAUGGUGUCCGGCACCGAGGAAGGCACCUUCAUGAGAAAGGGGAUGGUGGGCGACUGGAGAAACUACUUCACCGAGGAGGAGAGUGAAGCCUUCUUGAAGUGGAGGAACGAAGAGGUCGCUUCACUGGAGUAGCAACUCUGCAUGCUAGGAAAGACAAUCUGUGCGCAGAAUUCAUUUAACUGAAGCAUAUAUAUUAUAGUUAGGUAUACGAGUAUACUCUUGAGGCAGAAACUGUCGCCUAUUUUUAGGUUGGAGAAGCUGCGAAAUAUUUAGUUCAAUGUUUAUUGGUUAUAUUCACGUAACUCGGAGUUCUGUCUUAAUAAAAGCGAAAUAUUUCAUCGAA